AUGCUAGCGUUGAGACUGGCCCGAGUCGUGCGACCGACAGGAGCCUCGAUCCGUCACUUGACAUGGUCCCACCCCGCCCGCCUCUAUUCGUCCGUCGACAAGGUGAAUCUGCCCAAGGCUCCCUCCAAGGAGGAGCUCAAGACCCCCGUUCCUGACGAGCUGCUUGAGGAGGUCAAGGUGCUGGAAAACACCCCGUUAGAGCCUGUGGACCCUGAGAAGGCCACAAUUGAUCUCAAAACGCAGUUCCAGGCCGCCCGAGAGGCGGAGCUAGCCGCCAUGACUCUCCCCGAACGGUUUGUCUAUUCUCUGCCCAAGAGCAUGAUCCCCUAUGCCCGACUGAUGCGAAUGGAGAAGCCCGUGGGAACCUGGCUGCUGUUCAACCCGGGAGUGUGGUCAAUUGGAAUGGCGGCCUACAUGAGCCACGCCGCCGUCGCUCCCACCCUCUACACGCUGUCGCUGUUUGGAAUCGGAGCCUUUAUCAUGAGAUCCGCCGGUUGCACCAUCAACGACAUUCUCGACCGGAAACUGGACGCCCAGGUCGCCCGAACGUUUGAUAGACCCAUUGCUGCCGGCGACGUGUCGGUCAAGCAGGCCGUGGCUUUCCUCGGAGCCCAGUGUGCUGCCGGUCUCGGAAUCCUCAUGCUGUUGCCCAUGAACUGUUGGUGGCUCGGAGCCCUGUCCAUGCCCUUUGUCAUGACUUAUCCUCUGUUCAAGCGGUUUACCUACUACCCCCAGGCAAUUCUUUCGCUGUGUUUCACCUGGGCUGCUCUGUUGGGUCCUCCCGCCAUGGGAGUGUGGUGCUGGCCCGUCAUGCUGUCGCUGUGGGGCUCCAACUUCCUAUGGUGUAUGGUCUACGACACUAUCUACGCCCACCAGGACAAGGUCUUUGAUGUAGAGGCCGGAAUCAAGAGUACCGCUCUUGCCUGGGGCGACAACUCCAAGUCCAUCAUGACUGUGCUCACUCUCGGCCAGCUGGGUCUGCUGUUUGGAGCCGGCGUUUACGCCGACAUGGGUCCCGGAUUCUACUCGGCCUUCACCUGGGUCUCUUACCGACUGGGCAAGAUGAUCAAGACUGUUGAUCUGGACGACCCCGUCGACUGUGGAAAGCACUUCCGAUCCAACAUCAAUACCGGUCAUAUCAUGUCUGCCGGUAUUCUUGCCGAUUGGGGUAUGCGACUGGCUGGUUUCUACUAG